UAUUAAAUAUGUGAGAAGCGUGGCACUCGCUGAGCGGAAGUCAUCACAUAAAAAGCCACUAACACCACUCACUCUUCAUCAUCAUCGGAAAGAGCAGAGAAGAAGAAACAAUGGAGACACCACGACCAUUGAAAAUCUACUUCCUUCCGUUCUUCGCACAAGGCCAUCAAAUCCCUCUGGUUCAGCUCGCACGCUUGGUCGCCUCACGUGGACAGCACGUCACAAUCGUCACCACUCCCGGCAACGCCGAACUCUUUCAGAAAACCAUCGACGACGACAUAGCCUCCGGCCACCACAUCCGCGUCCACCUCAUCAAAUUCCCCAACACCCGUGUGGGUCUACCGGAAGGCGUAGAAAAUCUGGUUUCAGCCACCACCAGCACCACCGCCGCAAAAAUCCACAUGGCGGCGCACUUCAUCCAGCCUCAGAUCGAAGCUGUCCUGAAAGAGUCCCCUCCCGAUGUCUUCAUCCCCGACAUCCUCUUCACCUGGAGCAAGAACCUGUCCAAGACUCUUCAAAUCCCGAGGCUCGUCUUCAACCCUAUAUCCAUCUUCGACGUGUGCAUGAUUCAGGCCAUUAAAACCCACCCCGAAGCCUUUCUCUCCGAUUCCGCGCCCUACCAUAUCCCCGGUCUCCCUCACCCUCUCACUCUCCCGGUGAAACCCUCGCCGGGUUUCGCAGCGCUCACGGAGUCUCUUCUCGAAGGGGAAGAGGACAGUCAUGGAGUCAUCGUGAACAGUUUCGCUGAACUCGACGCGGAGUACACUCAGCAUUACGAAAACCUCACAGGAAGAAAAGUGUGGCAUGUCGGCCCCAGCUCCCUGAUGGUGGAACAAAUCGUUAAGAAACCCGCCAUUGUGAGCGAGAUCAGACACGAGUGUCUCACGUGGCUUGACUCAAAGGAACGGGACUCGGUUCUCUAUGUUUGCUUCGGAAGCCUCGUUCUUCUUUCGGACAAGCAGCUUUAUGAAUUGGCCACCGGCCUGGAUGCCUCCGGGCACUCUUUCAUCUGGGUGGUUCACCGGAAAAACAAAGAAGGAGAAGAAGAAGAAGAAGAAAAGUGGUUGCCAGAAGGGUUUGAGGAGAAGAUAGAGAAAGAGAAGAGAGGGAUGCUGAUAAAGGGAUGGGCGCCGCAGCCUCUGAUCUUGAACCACCCUGCUGUGGGAGGGUUUCUGACGCACUGUGGGUGGAACGCGGUGGCGGAGGCGAUCAGUGCUGGGAUUCCGAUGGUGACGAUGCCGGGGUUUAGUGAUCAGUACUACAAUGAGAAGCUUAUAACGGAGGUGCACGGGUUUGGGGUGGAGGUAGGUGCGGCGGAGUGGAGCAUAUCGCCGUACGACGGGAAGAAGGAGGUGUUGAGAGGGGAGAGAAUAGAGAAGGCUGUGAAGAGGUUGAUGGAUAGAGGAGAAGAAGGUGGGAAGAUAAGGAAGAAGGCGAAGGAAAUGCAGGAAAAAGCUUGGAGAGCUGUUCAAGAAGGUGGAUCUUCACACAACAGUCUCACUGCUCUCGUUGAUUACCUCAAAGCUCUCAUCCCAAACAGGGUAACAGCUACCUAAUACUCUUUUCUUCCUUCUUCUCUCUUCAUAAACCAAUAAAAAUCAGAAGCCAUAAGCGCUUAUGAAGCUUUUAGCCCUAGUUCAAAUAUGGCUUUCAAAGUUUUGAAAAUGGUUUAAUAUCACCGCGUUGUAUCAAAUUUAUGAUUACAGUGUUUUUUUUACUAAAGCAAUUAAUUUCUUUUUUAUAUUA